UCGAACUAACUUCAGUAAUCUGCGAGCAACCAUACCGUAUGGGUUCACGUAGUUUUUUCGCGAUCGGAUAGUAAAAUGGCUUGCAAUAUUAAGCCAUUGCACAAAAGCAAGCAUUUUCCGAUCGACCAGUUAGUAUGUGUUGGAAACUACGAGCUGGAAAAAACAAUAGGGACCGGAAAUUUUGCAGUUGUUAAACUCGCUACACAUGUUAUAACUAAAAGUAAGGUGGCAAUAAAAAUAAUAGACAAAUCAAGAUUAGACGAAGACAAUUUAAAAAAGACAUUCAGGGAAAUCGCAAUAAUGAAAAGACUUCGGAAUCCACACAUAGUCAAAUUGUAUCAGGUGAUGGAGAGUACACAUACAUUAUACUUAGUGACAGAAUAUGCUCCGAACGGAGAGAUAUUUGAUCACCUAGUGUCGCGAGGCCGUAUGCCCGAGUCGGAAGCGGCGCGGGCCUUCGCCCAAAUGGUGGCGGCGGUCGGCUAUUGCCACGCGAACGGGGUGGUCCACCGCGACUUAAAGGCGGAGAAUUUACUGCUGGAUAAGGAUAUGAAUAUUAAGUUAGCAGACUUUGGGUUCAGUAACGAGUACACAUCGGGUUCCCCAUUGUCGACGUGGUGUGGGAGCCCCCCGUACGCAGCGCCCGAGUUGUUUGAAGGCCGGCAGUACGACGGACCGAAAGCUGAUAUUUGGUCACUGGGUGUGGUACUAUACGUAUUAGUUUGUGGUGCUCUGCCGUUCGACGGUGGUACGCUGAGUGAAUUGCGAAGCGUGGUCGUCAGCGGGAAGUUUAGGAUUCCUUAUUUUAUGUCACAAGAUUGCGAACAUCUUAUCCGUCACAUGCUUGUGGUCGAGCCGGACAGGCGGCUGACGCUUCGAGCGGUGGGCAGGCACAGGUGGCUUCGGACACAUUGUAACACGUUAACCGCACAAACAUACGAGUUAUCAGAUGGCCAUUGCGCAUGUCACGUUGGAGUAAACGACACGUCGAUUGGGGCGAGCAGUGCGCUUGCGCAGAUGCUGACCUUACCGGGGCUUACACACGAGAUUAUACAACAGUCAGUCGAAGAAGAGAGAUUCGACCACAUCUCCGCCAUUUACCAUCUUCUUGUGGACAAACAUACUCAAAAAGACGAGAUCGCACAAAUUGAUUCACUGGAAUCAAACCUAGGCCUGCCCUUGGAUCUCACCAGCUGUAAGAAUGAGGUUGAAGGUGAAGAGAGUAUGGAAGCAGAAGAAACCUUAGCCUAUCUCACGGGAGAUGGAAACGAGGAUGGACUCGAGAGGUUCGGCGAAGUGUCGAUCCCGAAAGAGGAGCCCCCUCAGCGAGUGACGGACUGUCACGCCACGAGACGCCACACCGUGGGGCCGGGCGAUUGCCGACACGCGCAGCACGCGCAGGUCGGCGAGCAGUCGUCGUUCGGAGCCGCCUCGGCCGAUCUCAGACCGGCGCCACUUUGCGCAUCGACUCAUUUACACCGCCAGGCCGCGGCCCGCGUGUCCCUCCUGCCCCACACGGACUUGGCGGGCAAAUUGCCAGCCGUGCAGCACAGGCCUCCGCACCACUUCAGCGUCAAAGACCACCAGCUGCUGAAGCCGCCGCAGGCUAUGCUCCAGCACGCCUCAUCGUUCGGGCGACGCGCGUCGGACGGAGGGGCGCACGUCGGACGCGCACACUCGCACACUGCGCCGCAUCACGUCUCCGACAGCGGAACGACAAAUCGCUUAGAGGAGGGCGACCGGACGGACGAGCAGACGUCGGAUUCGCAAUACAAUACCAAUCUGUGCAGGUACAUGUUGAACCGCGGGAGUAACAAGCGCCACACGAUGGCCACGCCGGAAGACGCCGCCACCGUCUGCGCAUCCAGCAACAUGCAGGCGAGUUCUUCUCCGUCGUCGUCGGCCAAUAUACGUGUCAGAAGAACCGGUCUACUGACGGUCACCGAGAGACCCCCCGUAAUAAGUCCGGAAUUAGUUAUGGAGGUCGAAGCGAGGAUGAAAAGGAACUACUUACCGCCGUCGAUUCAAGGACAAUAUAACCAGGGGUACUCCAGUCCCCCGCGCGCCACCCAGAGCCCGCCGAGUCAGGGGUCCAUCACCGCCGGAACCCCUAAUUAUAAAUACGUGCCACCCAUACCGGGACAGUACCAUCAGGGCUACUCGAGUCCCCCGCAUGCGAGCCAGAGUCCCCCAAAUCAGGGGUCAAUAACGGCCGGCACCCCCACCUUCGGCAAAUCUAUGAAACCGGUUCUAGAAACGAUUCCACAGGGGAGCAUUAUGGGGUCGAUCAAAUCCGGGACACCCUCGCAAGCCGCGUCUCCGUUCACCCCGAGCGGGGGUCCAUUUUCACCCAAUCAGGGUGCCGUCGCGGUCCCCGUCCAAAACCAAGGCUCCAUAAUCUCCGGAACGCCGAUGAGCGUCGAAUAUUCUAUUACUAAUUUCAACUUUUCUGGCAACAUUGGAUCUAUCACUAGCGGAACACCGAACUUCAACGCGGCCCUGACGCACAACUUAAAUAAUAAUAUGGAUAGUGAAUGUUACCCCGCAGAGAAGCAAAAUUACAUCGCUUCGAUGAAUACUGGCCCACCUCUGAACAACACGGGGUCCAUAACGAGCGGGACUCCUAAUCUUAACACGUGUAAUUAUCCAAAUGCGAACCCGAAUGUGGCUUCGAUAACUAGCGGAAUCGCGAAGUUUUCUAAUUUCGGAGGCAACGGUUUCCCCGACUCGGGCUCCGUCGGCACUCCGAUGGGAUCCAUCACGAGCGGGACGCCGGUCGAUAACAUUUUGUCGAGUGGCAACACGAUUCCGAGCGGUUCCAUAACGGCCGGCACCGCGUACAACAGGCAACGAAAGUAUUCGGGACCUCAACGCGGUAAACUUCAAAUGUUGCCGACAGUCCAGGAAAUGGCUCGCGAGCACUCGGAACGAUAUUCGCCAGUCAGGAGAGCGGAGUGCUCGCCCCCGAGACAGACUCAUGACAUAGCUUCGGCGAGAUUGGAAUAUCAGCAGCUGCAGCGAGGAUUAGAGCGCCGUUCGGGACAGAGUGGGACUUCGCCGUCUGAACCGCGGCUUUAUCCGGUCUCCCUGCCCGGAUCGCCGAUACACGCGGGCGCGUCACCUCCUCUCGACUUGUCCGGCGAUUAUCCGAGAGAUAGGGAUCUGGCGUUGAAGCUCGGGCUGAACCUGAACUCCCUCUACUCGCCUCACGUGUCUCAAGACGUCUUAAAGUCUAUCCAUUCGUUUACCAAUUUCGGACGAGUUUCCAGUCCCGGGUCUCCCUUACACCAGAUAACCGAAGGUCUGAGCUAUCUCCACACCGGGUCCAUCACCAGGGGCACUCCUCAAAGCCAAUCUCCCUUAGACCUCCGUAGUAAUGUGGAAAUGGAAACCAACUUCCCGCAGUUAUUGAUUCAUCCACAGAUCCAUAUGGUCGCCCAUAGAUCUUUGAACAACUCCCCGAUAUCGAAUCCUGGAUCCCCGCUCGACAUGAUCCGAGAAGAAAUCGGCAACGGAAACCACGUCGGCGACCACGUCCAGCGAUAUUCGACGUAUCCGUCGACCCAUCCGCAGAUCAGUUUGACAGAUUGUCUCGGCUCCGAAAUUACCCUCGUGGCUUCGAGUUCCGAAGACAGCGUCGACAGUUUGGAGAAUUCUAAAUACCCGCUCCCGCAAUUCGUCAUCUCGGAACCGUCAGAUUUGGACGACAGACCGUCGAUAACCAAGGGCAUCGGCAGAAAAGUCAGCCAAGAAACGGAAACGGUAGACAAAGACUCGGAAAUGUCGUCUCCGAAAGAAGAUGACAAAUUUCUGGAAAGGCCGAGACGCGGCAGCGACAAGUCGCUCGGCUUCAGCGACGAUUCUCUCAGCAACGAUUCGGCCAACGCUUCCCCGAAUUGUGAGCAAAACGUUCAAUCUAUCUACUCGAAUAUAGUCUCCAUCAGCUCCGGAUUUAGCGAAAAUCGGGGGAGUUUUUCCGAACACCGGGAAUCGUUUUCGUUCUCCGACCGCGGUAGUUUUUCCGAACGAGGUGAUUUAGGCAGAUCCUCCUUUUCGGAAAAGUCGGAUUUUGGUCGCGGUAGUUUUUCAGAAAAGGGCGAAACGCCUCGCACGUCGUUCUCCGCUCAAGGCGUUUUAGGAGAGGUCAAGGAGUAUUACGAAGACGUGUGUCUGCCAAGAGAAGACUUAGAUAAGAUUCAACGGUCCACUAUGGAUUUGAGGUUGACGGAGAUAUGUCGACCGGAAGAAAGAAUCCCGAUUUUGCUGAGCCCGCAACAGGUUUCGUGCGUCCAGGAGUACUACGAAGUCGCGCUUUCCACGGUCUGCUCCCGACUCGACUCGCACAGGAUAGUGGAAUUACUGAAAGAGGCCAUAAAUAAGACCGUCCCGCCCCAGAACAUCGUCGAAACCGGUAACACCGAUGAGCUGACCGGUUUUUUGAAUUUGGAGUAUUCCGGAGGUAUUCAGAUCGAGUUGGUCGUGUGCGAGAAUAAAGCGAAAGAGAUGAAGGGCUUGAAAAUGAGAAGAAUUUCCGGAGACCAGAGAGAGUAUGGGAAACUAUGUCAACAAUUGAUCACCAGCUUGACCGUUUGAGAGGUUGUGAAUGGAACUAGGGUACUGGGAAUAUUAUGACUGAGUUUGUAUGUCUUUAUUGAAAUUCCUUUUAACAGCAGUUUUUUUUUUAAUAGAACCCGUUGCCCUAGUUCCGUGUCGUUUUUAUUUUCCAAAAUAAACCGUCCUGCAGAAAUGUGUCAUUUUAUGAAGUUAAGAAGGUCCUCACAGAAAAUCCGAUUUAUGAGAUAUAGGUGUCAUCACAAACCUUCGAUUGAACGAGAGCUCGAGCAUUUAUGCGAACUGUAUUUAAUCAUUCCCAUUUUUGAAACCAAAUUUCAACGUUACGUGGGGGACUUCCUACAUUUGCGAAUUUCUGAUAAAAGUACAUUUAACGUAAUUAUCUCGAAAAGUUUUUGCCAUAAUUUAACGUUUUACUACUUUUGUUUACGGCCAUAGCGAAGGAUCGACGAGCAGUUUUUGGGGUGUAUGAUGUCCUCCAUCAAAUCGAAUAUUCAAUAUUGUAUAUAGAAUUAAUUUGUAAAGUUUUAUGUAUAAACUGUUUGUAUAUUUUGUUCUAUUUAUUCCGAAAUCGUGUAAAUAUAGUUUUAAGCUUUUUUUAAACCGAAUUUACCGUUUUGUUGCAUUUCGUUCGCUUUGGUUAUGAUUCACGGCUGGUUCGUGACGUUUCUUCUUUGUUUCUUUCCUUUUCCAAAAAGGUUUUCAUGUGAUAAUAAUUAAGUUAUACGAAAGUGUCUUAAAAUAUCCUUUUUAUCCCAUCAUUGAACAAAACGUAUAGUUUUAAGUUUAGAUCAUAGAUGUCGCCAUAAGUAGUUAGACGUUAAAAUAUUGUAAAUAAUAUUUUAAUAAAUAAUUCCAAUCAUAACUA